GAGAAGGAGAACUCUGAGGAGGGAACAUCCAAACAAGACGAUGAGAAAAAGGAGGAUAACCAGGGAGACCAAGUCGAAGAGGCUGUCGAACAACCAGCCGAAGCUGCAGAGCCACAACAGCAAACUGAGCAGCAGCAGAAAAACGGUCGAUUCAUCGUCUUCAUCGGAAACCUCCCCUACACGGCUAACAAAGAAUCCGUCGCGCACCACUUCCGCAAGAUCAACCCAAUCUCCGUCCGGGUAGCGACGGAGAAGAAGAACCCGGAGAAAUGCCGGGGAUUCGCCUUCAUCGAGUUCGAGAAGUUCGACCGCAUGCAGACCUGCCUGAAGCUAUACCACCACUCGACCUUUGACGAUGGGAAAUCGCCAGCGCGGCGGAUCAAUGUCGAGCUGACUGCCGGAGGCGGCGGCAAGUCUCAGAAGCGCAAGGCGAAACUGAAGGAGAAGAACCAGAAACUGGCCGCGGAGCGGGAGCGUCUCGCGAAGCAGAAGAAGGAGCAGAGGAAGCAGAAAUACAACAAGAACCAGAACAAGAAGGGCGACGCUCAGGAGAACUCGAAGGAUGACUUGGCAGAUGUUCAUCCGAGUCGAAGAGGGAGGGUAGCAGCUAUGAACUUCAUCAUCCAUCUCAUUUCAGUGUACUUACAGUAUGUAUGUGCACAAAAUAAGAAGGUAAUUACUCCAUCCGUCCAUAUUUGGUUUUGGGUAGCAGAGCAUGCAGCGUACAUGCAUGCAUGCAGACGGAGUACUUCCGCCCCAAUGGGACAGGGCCAGACCGGACCGGACUGGAUCUAUCGAUCUAUCGGCAAAUCGACAAAUCGAGAAAUUUCCUAUUGUUUAAUCUAUCUAUCUAUCUAUUUCGAUCGCGAUCGAGAUGGAGAUCGGUCAGGUGACUCAGGUCGUGAUUUGUCAGAAUGA